AAUAAAUAUUUAAAUAGAAAAAGAGAGUAUAAAAAACAUAAAAAGAGCACGAUGACCAAACAAACAAACACAAACCAAAGUUAGAAACUGACAGCAUCUACUCUCUGUCCGUAUCCAAAAAAGAGAAGAAACACAGUCACAUAACCAAGAAUCACCCGCCGGAAAAUGCUGACGUGUAUAGCUCGUUCGAAGCGGGAUGAAUCCUCCGGUCAACCCGACGAUCCGGAUUCCAAGCAAGCCAAAUCUCUAACAUCUCAGCUCAAGGAUAUGGCUCUGAAAGCCUCCGGUGCUUACCGGCAUUGUACGCCGUGCACGGAGGGGCAAGUGCAAGUGCAAGCGCCGAUCAGUAGCACUCCGGUGACGACAAAGUCUGAUUUCGAAUCUGAUCAACGGUUUAAAAUGCUGCACGGAAGAUCAAAAAGCUCGAUCACAGCCACGGCGGCGGCGAUGCAGCAGCAGCAGCAGCAGCCUAGAGUAUGGGGAAAGGAGAUGGAGGCGAGGCUUAAAGGGAUAUCGAGCGGCGAGGCGACUCCGAAGUCGGCGAGCGGGAGGAACCGAGUAGACCCGAUUGUGUUCGUGGAGGAGAAAGAGCCAAAGGAGUGGGUCGCUCAGGUGGAGCCAGGUGUUCUCAUCACCUUCGUGUCUCUUCCCGGCGGUGGUAAUGAUCUCAAGCGGAUACGUUUCAGCCGAGACCUGUUCAACAAGUUACAAGCUCAACGAUGGUGGGCAGAUAACUAUGACAAAGUGAUGGAACUUUACAAUGUUCAAAAACUAAGCCGCCAAGCGUUUCCCCUUCCCACGCCGCCUAGAUCACAAGACGAGGCAAAAGUGGAGUACCAUCCAAAGGAUACUCCUGCAACACCACCUUUAAACAAAGAACGGUUGCCUCGCAACAUCCAUCGUCCAGCUGGAAUGGUUGCUUGCUCAUCCUCGGAUUCACUCGACCAUAGUUCGACACAAAGCCAGCAGUUUUACGACUCUGGUCUAUUAAACUCAACUCAUAAACUCUCAAGCCUAAGCGGAGCCAAGACAGAAACAUCUUCCAUAACAAGCAGCUCAUCCAGAGACGCAGACCGGUCAGAAGACAUGUCGGUAAGCAAUGCCAGUGAUGUUGAUCAGAACGAGUGGGUGGAGCAAGAUGAGCCUGGCGUUUAUAUCACCAUUAAAGUCUUGCCAUGUGGGAAAAGAGAGCUUAGAAAAGUCAGAUUCAGCCGAGAGAUAUUUGGGGAGAUGCAUGCGAGGGUAUGGUGGGAAGAAAACAGAGCAAGGAUACAUAAACAAUACUUGUGAUCAUCUUCUCGUUUAGAUGCAUCAAACCGGUUUUGUGUUUUUGAUAUCUCUCAUUCACGGUAUAUACGGUUUUGUAAUUUAAAUUCAAAAGCUG